UUCCUGGUCUUCCAUCCAGCCAUACCUGUCAGGUCCUUUCCUCCAGCCACCUGCACUCCACUCACUUCCCUUUGCAGGGGCCCUUUCAUACGGCCACCCUCUUCCUGCUUACCCCCUGGGCCUUUCCUAUACCCCCCUCGAUCCCCAGUCACCACCACUGGCUUUUGACUACAGUCACUUCCACACAAACCCACUCUCAUCCAUCCCAUGGGGGGAGGAGGGGAGAGCUUUGCCUACAGCUGCCCAUCGUUCCUCUUGCUCAUCCCCACCACCAGGGGCCUUUGCCUAUGACUGCCACCCCCAACUGUAAACCUCCCCUACGGCCAUGUCCUACCCCUGUGUGCACGCAAAGAGCUUUGUUAGAUGUGCUGUAUAGUUUUAAAAAGAUCCCUGCUGCCAAGAGUUUACCAUUUAAAAUCAUAUUAAUAUAUUUAACAUCAUUGAUCUUUGCCUCCACCACAAAAUUUGAACAAAUCAUGUUUGGUUUAAAAUAGAGGCGAUGCUUCUUAUCACACUUUGAAUUGGAAUGACAAAUUGCUGAAAUACUUAAUAUAUUUGUGUUGUUUCAACCAUAAUAUGUAAAGCUGUUUACAAAGCCUCAACAAUUUUAGGCCCUAGCCUACAAUAUGAUUCAUAUAGGUGCCAGGGUCCUUCCAGGUGGGUCCAAUUGCAGGAGCAGAGCUUUAGACAUACUUGCUGAUGACUCCAACUAAUAAGGGUAAACAUGGUCAUCAAGCACAUUAGUAAAUUCAAGUUAGCUAAAGUUCAAGCCCUGGGAAGUCUGGACCAGCCACAGAUCUCCAACUCCUGGUAUGUGACGUUCUGUAAAAGCAUUCUGCUAGCAGUGUCACAUGCAGACUCCUUUGAAGUAUCAUGGCAGUCAAGUGGACUAAUGGACAUUCCUCUUCUAUACUGUGCUUGAAUGUAAACAAAGAAGGGCUGGUAGCUUCAGGAGCAGAGAGAGGAGAACUCACAAUCUGGAAUGAGGAGGGGAUUCAUUUAGGACAGAUACAGCUCCCGAGGGCAGAUGAUGUCACCUGUGUUGUGUUCUCUCCCACCUAUCCCAGCAGGCUGUACACCUCCCAUGGUGAAACCAUUAGUGUAUUGGAUGUCAGAUCCCUUAAGGGGCCAGUUGAAUGCUUUCGUCUGAAUGAAGAAGAGAUCAAUUGCCUGUCAGUGAAUGAGAUAGACAGUGUCCUGGCUGCUGCAGAUGACUCUGGGGCAAUAAAAAUUAUGAACUUGGAAAACAAGAAAGUCAGCCGGUCCUUGAGGAGGCAUUCAAACAUCUGCUCCUCAGUUGCCUUUCGACCUCAGCGCCCUCAAAGCCUUGUGUCUUGUGGACUGGACAUGAAGGUUAUGCUGUGGAACCUGCAGAAAGCUCGCCCACUGUGGACCAUGACCCUGCAGGAGAACGAAGCAGAGGGAGCAGAACACCAAUCAGCUGGCCAGUUCUUUAAUCCUCCCCUAGCCCAUUCUCUGUCUGUUGCAGCAUGUGGCAACAUCUUUGGUUGUGGAGGUGAAGACGGUAAAAUCCGGAUCUUCAGGGUAACAGGUGUCAAGUUUGAACAGGAGCUGGGGUUUAAGGGUCACACUUUGGGGGUGUCACAGGUCCUCUUUCUGCCAGAAGUAUAUUGGCUGCUUUCUGGAGGAAAUGAUGGGAAGGUGUUAUUGUGGGAUGUCAGCAGUGAAGUUGGGAAGCAACUGAAGAGUCCUGUGAAAUCCAUCCACAGGAGGAAGGCCAGAACACCAACUUCCACCAAGAGAGAUGGAGAGCCCAAUGCAAUGGUUACAAAUGAACAUGCCGGAGUUUUACCAAAACUAAGCAUAGAACAUGGAGAGAAGGUGAACUGGAUUUCAUAUGCAGAGAUCAAAGGCUUCAGGAGGGUAUUAGUUGCGGAUCAGAGCAGCUGUAUAUCUGUAUAUCCUCUGACUGAAACCUAGACACACAUUGUUUAAGGAAAUCUUGGCAAGUAGCUAGUUUUCUGGGUUGUUGUGAGCUGGCCUACCUGGUUCUCUACAGAGUACCCUCCUGUUUGUUACCAUGGAGAGUAAACUUCCUGUAGCUUAAAUAAUUACCAGCUCUUAUGCAUGUUUAGAAGUGGCCAGGAAUUUGCUGUGGCACAUUAUGCACAUAAGUAACAUUGCUUUAUCUUUUUCAGUAGUGGCACAUCUUCACUGUAAAUAUUUUCUUAUGGGGGUUGGAAGAUGGUGCAUCUUGAAUAUAGGUGUGACUUUGUUUGAAAUGGAUUGAGGGGAGGCUCAAAAAUGAGCAGACUGAGGCAGGCUCAUGCUGCAGGUUGUAACAUGCAAACAUUGUAAGAAAGAACCUAUUCAGUCUGGGAGAAAAAUGGUGGCCUUUUCUGUAAAAACUAAAUCAAUGGGUGUGGUAAGCUUUGCUGCAGGUGUAAUUGACUGGAGUCCUCAAACUCCUGCACUAUAAGAAAACUACUAAUUUUCCUGCUUUGCCUCCUUACCUCUUUAGUUCUUUGCUUUCCCUGUUUCAACAUUUCUGGCAAAUUAGGCCUAAAUUAGACAUAUUCUCUGAUCAUCUGAGCUGCAACAACUGAAAAUGUGGGUUUCAAGCAUGUUUGAACUAUUUUUAAUUUAAUAUAGUUAAGAAUAAUUACAGAAGUGGGUUAAAUAGCUAAAUUGAUUAAAGUUCAUCAUUAAGUGGGAUUUUCAGACUGGAACAACAUUGGGGGUGGGGGGAAAUGUUAACAGCUGUUUACUUGACUUGUCCUCCUCUGAUUUCGUGUCACAGAAGAAAAAAUCUUUUAAAUCUGUUUUAAUAAAAGCUUUCUCCCUCACUGCUCCUUGUGCUCCUGCUUGCUCUUGUAUGACUAUCCUAUGUAACCCUAUAUGCUGUGCAAAAUGUGAAGUUGAGCAUUUUAUAACUUAAAUGCAGAGUAUAAUAAAAAUAUAGAGGGCCAAAUGCUGCUGUCUUCCUUACACAAAUAGUAUCACUGAUUUCAAGCGUUCCUUGCAUAAAUAGGGCGAGCAGGUUCUUGCCUUAGGUGGACUGUUAGCUUAAAAAUGGGGGGGGGGUGAUCAAAUGUAAAUCCUGUGCCUUGGAAGUUAUUUAAUAAACUCUCGGCUUUUAUGCGAUAUGCAAAUAAUUCAGAAAUUGUAUUUUCCCAGGAUGACCUGUAUCACUAAUGUGCUAAAAGUGCACUACUUCUACAGUUUGGAAACCAAUCUGACCAAUUAAAUUAUUUCCAUCUCUUUGUUUAUACAUGUAAACGAGCGAUCUUUGCCAAAAAUACUGAACUUUGAAGUAUUAAAUCUGAGAUUACUAAAAUAAGGUUAAUUUGUGUUUGUCAAUUAGAAGCUUUUUUUGGUGGCAAGCAGUAAGAUAAUGGGAGAGAUGGAUUGUCCUUUUAUCGUAAGAAAAGAGCCAAACUGUAACUAAAAUACUUAGUAGACAUUCCCCUCUGGCUACCAAAAUAAUCCACUGUACAUCUGUGAUGUUGCACUCCAUAUACUUUAUGAAAAUACGAUAAUGAGUGUGAAUAUAAUGUAACUAGAAUAUGCUUUCUGCAAAAGGUCUUUUGUAAGGUAUAAUUACAAAGCUUAUAAUCUACUGAAUGUUCAUCCUAUUUGUAUGAAUGUAUCAUUUCUAUGUCUGGAGUUAGGAGAAUAAGAUAUAAACUUGUAUUACUGAUGUAAACAUGUUAAGUGGAAGACAUUAAGGGUGCUUUCAGAAUCAAUCACCUGUAAAUGGCUCUAUUUACUUGUAAGCCUUCCUGUGAGUCAGGCCAGAAAGAAUGGAGGCUUGGGGUCUCACAGGACAUGUGAUCAUGUCACCUGGUACUGGAAUUCAUUUUAAACCUGGUGCUUUUGCAUUUAGAAGGAGGGGUGGGGACCCAGAGACACAAAAGAUUUCCGCCUUUUGCCAAAGCCAUAAAAGGGGGUGGGACAGAAUAAAGGGGGCUGCAGUCAUGAGAAAUCCCCUUUGUUACCACCUGAGGUGAAACUAACAAGAAGUGUACCGGGGAAAGGAUUGGGCCCAGACUAGGAAGGAGUCUAGUCUGUGAAAGAAGCUUAUUGGAACAUCUCUGAGGGUGAGAUUUACCUGUAUUCAGUUUCUUAAUGUAUUAGGCUUAGACUUGUGUGUUGUGCUUUAUUUUGCUUGGUAACUUAUUUUGUUCUGUCAUUACUUGAAACUACUUAAAUCCUACUUUUUAUGCUAAAUAAAAUCACUUUUAUUUA